AUGGCAAAAAUUCAACUGCGACACAAGAAACGGUUCAGCGCGUUGGGAAACAAGCCCGUUAAGAAAGCGGCGUCUCCAGACAGAGCGGGCUCCGCCACGGACACCCCGACUGCUGUUCCUGAAAAGCUGACUGAGAAAGAGGAAGAGCUCAAGACUAGCACAGAGGAAACUGCGGUGGAAAAGACUCCGGCUCAGACAGAGUCCCCCGUGAAUACCGCUGCAUCUUACAAGCAGACAAUGGUGCCCAACUCGGUCCGAAAACGGCUGAGAGCCGAAAAGCGAGCUGCCAAGGGCCAGUCGGUUGGGGCGGAUGGAAAGACUGUGGUUGUAGAGACUGCGGUUGUAGAUACUAUUGCUGGUGAUGCGGCUGCGGACUCAACGACAACUGAGACUCAAACUGCUCCGAAACGCCUCGGAAACCUGUUUAAUUUGCGAGCCCAGCAGGAGAAGGAAGUAAGGGAAGACACCAAGGUCGAGAUCAUCAAGCCACAGGCUAUUGGGGACAAUGUUACACAAGUGGCUGAGCCACCGAUUAUUGUAGUUUCUGAAAAAACACAUGCCCAAACGCUGGAUGCAGCGCCUCGGCCCAAGAAUCGAAGCAAAGAUCGAGAAUUUGAGAAUCUGGCGAAUGACAACAUCCACGAGUUCUCAGUGGACGCUUUCACGGAGGAAUCGGAAAGACUCAAGGCCGAAGGAAAGCUUGACGAGUACAAGCGACCUCUUACGGCCAUUGGAGGAGGCAAGCACCAGAUCACCAGUCUGUUGCGACAAGCCCAGGACAACAAGGAGCAGCUGGAGGCGUCAUACUCUCAGAAUCGCCUUACCCAAAAGGAGAGUGGAGCAAAGUAUGGAUUUUAG